GGCAGACGGACGGACGGACGGAGAGGACCCUCCGCACCAUGGCCGAGAGGAAGCCGUCCGGGAAGGCGGCCGAGGACGAAGAGGUCCCUGCCUUUUUUAAAAACCUGGGCUCGGGCAGCCCCAAGCCCCGGCAGAAAUUCUGUGGCAUGUUCUGCCCGGUGGAAGGGUCCUCGGAGAACAAGACCAUCGACUUCGACUCGCUGUCGGUGGGCCGGGGCUCGGGGCAGGUGGUGGCUCAGCAGCGGGACGUCGCCCACUUGGGCCCCGACCCGCAGACGCCCUACUCGCGCCAGGGCCGGCGGGAGCCAUCUGUUGAAUCGGGCCGGAAGGUGGAGAUCCGGCGGGCCUCGGGCAAGGAAGCCCUGCAGAACAUCUACGACCAGAGUGAUCGGCUUCUGAUCAAAGGAGGCAAAAUCGUUAAUGAUGACCAGUCGUUCUAUGCAGACAUAUACAUGGAAGAUGGGCUGAUCAAGCAAAUCGGAGAAAACCUGAUCGUGCCAGGAGGGGUGAAGACCAUCGAAGCCCAUUCCAGGAUGGUGAUCCCAGGAGGCAUUGAUGUGCAUACCCGCUUCCAGAUGCCCGACCAGGGAAUGACCUCCGCUGAUGACUUCUUUCAAGGCACCAAGGCGGCCCUGGCGGGGGGAACCACCAUGAUCAUUGACCACGUCAUUCCUGAGCCUGGGACCAGCCUGCUGGCUGCCUUUGACCAGUGGAGGGAAUGGGCCGACAGCAAGUCCUGCUGUGACUACUCUCUGCACGUGGACAUCACCGAGUGGCAUAAGGGCAUCCAGGAGGAGAUGGAGGCCCUGGUGAAGGACCACGGGGUGAAUUCCUUCCUGGUGUACAUGGCUUUCAAAGAUCGCUUCCAGCUGACAGAUUCCCAGAUCUAUGAAGUCCUGAGCGUGAUCCGGGAUAUCGGUGCCAUCGCCCAGGUCCAUGCAGAGAAUGGUGACAUCAUCGCAGAGGAGCAGCAGAGGAUCCUGGACCUGGGCAUCACCGGCCCCGAGGGACACGUGCUGAGCCGGCCUGAGGAGGUGGAGGCCGAAGCCGUGAAUCGCUCCAUCACCAUCGCCAACCAGACCAACUGCCCCCUGUACGUCACCCGGGUGAUGAGCAAGAGCGCGGCCGAGGUCAUCGCCCAGGCCCGGAAAAAGGGAACUGUGGUGUAUGGCGAGCCAAUCACCGCCAGCUUGGGGACUGAUGGCUCUCACUACUGGAGCAAGAACUGGGCGAAGGCAGCGGCGUUUGUCACCUCCCCGCCCCUGAGCCCUGACCCGACCACUCCGGACUUUCUGAAUUCCUUGCUGUCCUGUGGAGAUCUCCAGGUCACUGGAAGUGCCCAUUGUACUUUCAACACUGCCCAGAAGGCUGUAGGGAAGGACAACUUCACCCUCAUUCCUGAAGGCACCAAUGGCACUGAGGAACGGAUGUCCGUCAUCUGGGAUAAGGCUGUGGUCACUGGGAAGAUGGAUGAGAACCAGUUUGUGGCUGUGACCAGCACCAAUGCAGCCAAAGUCUUCAACCUUUACCCCCGGAAGGGCCGCAUUGCUGUGGGAUCUGAUGCUGACCUGGUCAUCUGGGACCCUGACAGCGUUAAAACCAUCUCUGCCAAGACCCACAACAGCGCUCUCGAGUACAACAUCUUUGAAGGCAUGGAGUGCCGUGGCUCUCCCCUGGUGGUCAUCAGCCAGGGGAAGAUUGUCCUGGAGGACGGCACCCUGCAUGUCACCGAGGGCUCCGGGCGCUACAUCCCCCGAAAGCCCUUCCCUGACUUCGUGUAUAAGCGGAUCAAGGCAAGGAGCAGGCUGGCGGAGCUAAGAGGGGUUCCUCGUGGUCUGUAUGAUGGACCUGUGUGUGAGGUGUCUGUGACCCCCAAGACUGUCACUCCUGCCUCCUCGGCCAAGACAUCUCCUGCCAAGCAGCAGGCACCCCCCGUCCGGAACCUGCACCAGUCGGGAUUCAGCUUGUCUGGCGCUCAGAUUGAUGACAACAUUCCCCGCCGCACCACCCAGCGUAUCGUGGCUCCCCCUGGUGGACGUGCCAACAUCACCAGUCUGGGCUAAAGUUCCAUGCAGUCCACUGGGGACGUGGGACAAGACAGCUGAGGACAUUCGGAGACUUCCUUCCUUCCUUCCUACCUUCCUUCCUUCUUUUUUUUUUUUUUAAGAGCCUGUGAUAGUUACUGUGGGGCAGCCAGUUCAUGGGACUCCCUCUGGGACCCUUCAUUCCAUCUUUCACCCAGAGUCACUGAUUUCGUUCACCCACUUCCCUCCAUCCCUCGAACAUCACACACAAGUCUGUCCACCAACCCCGAUCACAGAACCACAUCAAACAUGCAGACAUAUAAACCAAGCAAAUCACAAGGGUGUUUCUCUCUGCCCUCUGUUGUACUUCAUUAAUCCUCUUCCUUUUCCUGGGGGGGUGGGGGGGUGGGGAAGAUAAAGUGAAUUGCCCAGAGCUGCCUUUUUCUUUUUAAAAUUUUUUAGAAAAGUUUUGUUCAUGGGGCGGGGGGGUGGGAGGGCUAGGUGGGGUGGGAAGGGGGAGGGAUUUUUUUUUUUUAAUACUAAAAUUGGAAAGCCUAAUUCAAUACUAAUACAAGGGUUUGAACUGGACAUCCUAAUGAUGCAAUCAUAUAACCAUCAGGCUGAUCAGGAUGGACAACUGACUUCCGAUCCUCCUGAGAGGCUUCAAAAUGUCCACAUGUCAUUCCGUAGUCUUUCUUCUAGGUCACCUGUAGAUAAAGGGCAGAUUUUCAUUUUGGCCUAGAUUUUGCUGCAGAUUAAGUCUAUGGAGGAAUUGCUUCUCCUCUUUUCACCUCUUUUCUGCUCUCUCUCUCUCGCUCUCUCUCAUCAAGAAUAUUUUCACAGCUGUCUCUUUUCACUGUGUUUCUGCUAGCUUGUGUCUCUGAGAUGCUGUUUUCUUCUCCUUUCCUCAUUUUCUUUCCAAAUGACCAGUUCCAUCAAUCGACUGUGGUCCUAAGAACCUACCUAGAAGGAUUUGAGCUUUGUCAUGGCAACCAUAGAGUAAUACUCUGUCCCUAUCCACCCAGGACUGGUGCCGCCUCCCACUAGGAGGAUACACACUUGGGUCUGAUGCCACAUCUGUUGAGGGGAAGGGAUCCACCAGAGUAUCCUAUGUGGGACCAAGGGUGGAAGCAUACGGAGAAGUUCAAGUCAGGCUACAGGAUGUCAGGACUGUCUCCCCGUGCGUUAGUAGUGCCUAUAGAGCCAAUGCAACCUGUAACUUGUGCUCCUGAACCCAGUGUAUCAGCCAGUCUCAAACCACCCACCAGCCCAGAGUGUUGAGUAAGUGGGCGUCUGGCCCUGAAGCCUAUUCUUCUGUGCAAAGUGUCUUUGGAAUUUCCAGGCUUCCCCUGGAGGUGGGAGGUGGAGACCACCUCAACAUUUUUCUUCUCUAAAUAUUUAUAUUAAAAACAACAAAAAGCUAAUGCAAUAUAGGUAGCCCUCCUAAACUCAGAAAAUCAUUGGGAAAUAGACCUAAAAUCCAUUUCACUGGGUCAGAGUGGGGGUGGGGAACUGUAUUCUGAGUGGGAUGUCAUGUCAGCACUGCAGUCGGGAGGACAUACGUCAUACUAACCGCGUGGCUCUCUUUAAUAAAGGCCACGGCUGAGCUUGGCUCUGCUUCCCGUGUCUAUCUCUCCCAUGAUCCUUUUCCAUGAGCUGCCUCCGGGCCCAUCUCUACAUCUGCUGAUUUGUGUCGUGUUUCCUUCCAAACAUGUUUACAGGUUCUCCUAAGCUCUCUCCUAAUGUUAUGUUGGCAGGCUUUUAUAAAACCAAAUCUGCUUUUGUAAAGCAUAACACAAAAAAAAUGUAGGUCAUUCCAUCGUCACUGAACUUGUCUCUCUGCAUUUUUGCCUUUGGGGUUGUAGUUGGGGUGUAUUUUUUUUGUCGUUGUUGUUUAUUUGUUAUUUUAAAAGUAAAUUGCACUUUUAAAGAAUAAUUGGUUAACUUAAUAUAUUUGCUUUUUUUUUUCUCACCUGCACUUAGAGGAAAUUUGAACAAGUCGGAAAAAAAAAUUUUUUUGUUUCAAUUCUAAGAAACACUUGCAGCUCUCUAGUAUUCACUUGAGUCUUCCUGUUUUUUCCUGUACAAGCUCAUGGUGAUUUUUGGUUAUUUUCAAUGUUUCCUUAAAGCAACAUAAAACCUGAAGAUUACCGCAGGCUUCGUCAGCAUGUUUACCUGUUGGCUUGCUUUGUGUGUCUGUUCAAUGAAUGUCCUAUGUAAAUGCUAAAAUAAAUGGACAGUGUCUCAGAACUGAAUAACUGCAGUGACUUGAUGCUCUAAAACAGUGUAGGAUUUAAUAAUAGAUGGUUUUUAAUCCUUGGAAUUGUGAUUGUGACCCAUGAGUGGAGGAACUUUCGAUGCUAAAGCCGAUAAUAUGUGUGGCCAGAAGAGUAUCUUUGGUUUUUGGCUUUUUUUUUUUUUUGUAACCACUGUCUUAAUGGCAAAAUAAUUAUGGUUAAAAAACAAGUCUCGUGUUUAUUAUUCCUUCAGAACGCUGUGUUAUAUCACCAUGGAACACCUAAUAAAGCAAACUGUGGUUGUUUCA